CAUACAAUUGAUGUAAAUGUCAUAAUCAGAUGUUUUUAGUAAUUGAAAAAUGAUUUAUUAAUUAUCAAAUGUAACAAUACGUUCUGAUUUUCACCUUUGUACAUACUUGCCAUUCAUGCAUCAUAUAUUAAGUGCUGAAGAAGGAGUAUGAAAAUAAUUUUCAAAUCAAUUGAACAAUGACAUAAUAAAACGAUAAAAUGUGUUUACUCUAAAUUGAUGUCACUUUGCAAUUAGAAUUCAUGAAUCAAAUAGUGUAAUGUUUAUAUAAAAAAUUGAGUGAUUUCCAAUUUGUGAUGUUAUUUCAGAAAUAGUUACAUUAAGUUUUAAGACAAAAUGUUGAAAAUAGAAAAAAAAUCAAGAACAAUUAUAUUUUUUUAUCUGUAUUGAAAAAUCUUCAACAUUAUAAAUUGAUAUAGCAAUGGACGUUUCAAAGUCGAAAACAAAUAAUUGUCCACCUGUUCCUCUGCCUGAUUCAUGUUCUGCAUGGAAUGAUGAUAAAGAACCCAAUAUAACAAAUAAUACCGAUAUAUAUUUAUUUGAUGGAUUCAAUGAUAAUAAAUAUCAAGAGAAUCCUUUUUUUGUUGAUGAUUUAAAUAAUAUAAACACUUUAACAGAUUCAGAUAAGGUUAAAAUAAAAAUUAUCAGUGAAAGUUUUCAUAAUAAGCUCACAUAUGGUGAAUUAAAACGCCUUGGUAUUAGUAAUUUAGGAUUUGUAACUGAUGAUAUAAGGAGAUUAUUGUGGCCAAAAAUAUUAAAAAUAAGAGAUAUUGAACUAAUUGAGAGAAAUGAAGAAUUGAAAAUGAUUAAUUCAAAAAUACCACAUAACAUUUAUCAGCAAAUAUUGAAUGAUGUUAGCCGUAGUGGAAGUCAUUUAAUGCCUAAUGCAAGUGAAGCAGAAAUAAUAAAAUUUCAUGAUGAACUGACGAAAAUGAUUUGUUGGGUUCUUGUGAGACAUCCAAAUUUAAAUUAUUAUCAAGGGUACAAUGAUGUUGCUGCAACUGUAUUGAUAGUCAUGGGUUUAAAAUCUGGUUUGUACAUUCUAGAAAAAAUAUCUCUAGAAUUUUUAGAGAGAUUCAUGGAAAAAACUAUGGAAAAAGUCAAUCAAGAAUUAUUUUAUAUCUUCGCUCUACUGGAACGAGUACAUCCAACUUUAUUAGAACAUUUAGAAAAUGUAGAGUUAUUUCCACAUUUUGCAUUAGCAGAGUAUACCACAUGGUAUGCACAUAAAUAUUCGGAAAAUCGUAAGCUAUUGCAUCGAUUGUUCGAUUUUUUUCUUGGUUCACCACCUUUAAUGCCUUUAUAUGUCAGUACUGUAAUUGUAGCUCACAGAGCGACAGAAAUAUUUAAUACAACACCUGAUAUGGGUCAUACACAUAAAGUGUUGUGUACAUUACCUCUUGAUUUACCGAUUGAAGAUUUGCUAUCAAAUGCAACUAAGUUGUAUAACAAUUAUCCUCCAGAAUCAAUUGGCAAAGAUGUUUAUGAAUAUGAUCGCAAGAGGCAUAAAAAAGAACAAGAAUGGAAAUUAAAAGCUAUUGCAAGCAGAAAAGAAAGAGAAAAACAAUGUCAACUUAAAGUAGCUGUACCACGUCAUAGAUUAGCGUAUCAUUUAAAAAGUUAUCGAACAAUUACAGUUGUAACGAUUCUAGCAAUCGGACUUUAUGCUUUUAUAAAAACAGGCUCAGGAUUAAACUGACAUUAGGAUAGUGUAAUUCAAUUCAAAAUUUUGUAAUAUAAUUAUCUGAUAGAUUUUUUUUAUUCAUCAAUUCCACCACAUAUAUAUUUCUACAUAAUAAUAUACUUUAAUAAUUCUUCAAUUUAAU